AUGUGGGGGUGCCUCGGGGAGCACCUGGUGGGUGGGCAGGUUGCUCCAGGGCACUGGUCACAGGGUCCCCCGGCCACACAGCAGGCCUGCUCGCAGCCCCCGGUGCCUUCCCAGGGAGCCCAGGCCCCUGGCCCCUACACCUCCUCCCCUGGGCUGGACCCGUCCUCAUGCCAGCCCCUGCCCGUCUCCAACACGGCCUCAGUCCACUGGGGGAUGCUCCCCCAGCCCCUCAGACAGGCCAACCCCCCACCCUGCGACAUUUUCCCCUCUCCCACGGCAGCUCAGGGGUCUCCGUGUGUCCAUCCUGAGCCAGCGUCCUCCCGCUACCCCCACAGGCCCCCCAUGCCCCUGGACUGUGUGACGGGUGCCCAGCGCGGGGGCUUCUCCACCCCCCGAGCAGAGCCGGGCCCUUCCCAGGUGGCCCCGGCCAGUGUGGACCCUCUCGUGGCCUCAGCUUCCUCGUCCACAAAGCGAGGCCAGCAGAGCAGACGUGGGGCCAGGACGGUGCUCACCCGCUCCCCAAGGGUACCCGCUCCCCAGGGAGCUCACUGGCUCUCGAGCCCAGAGCAGGCCAGCUGCCCCAACAAGCCCCCUACAGUGCCCCAGCUGGGCUUGGUGGCUGACCGUCCAGGAGCUGGGCCACCUCCUCUGAGGUCAAAGCCAAGCCCGACGCCUGGGUGGACGGGGACCCACAGAAGCUGGGACCUCCCCAGCACCAGCCCACGCCCUCCUCCCCCGGCGGCUGCUGAGCUGGCUGCUUGGAUCGUGCAGGUUCAUUCAGAGCACACACCUGCCGAGCCCACCACGCUGGGCCCCAGAAAGUUCCAGACAGCAGUCUGGGGCACACCUGCAUCAGGUGCCUGCUUCCCGGCCAGGCCACCCCCAGUCCCGGCCAGUCCAGGGGCUGCCACCCAGCAGGAGGCCAGAGACACAUGUCCCGCGUAUCCCGUGGCAACAGGCUUCUCAUCUGCUGAGGCCACGGCGAGGGGUCACUCAGACCCCUCGUGGCACUGUGGGGGGCAGUGCUGCCUGCCCUCCCACCCAGGACCCAGGCUGCCCGCACCCUCCAUCUGGAGCGCCCAGUCUGCUGGGGGAGGGACCACCUCUGACUCACGUCCUCGUGCCAUCCGUGUCGCCCAGAUGGUUGACACAUCAGCCAGAGCGCUGGGAGCAAGCAAGAGACUGCACGGCUGGGGUCUCGGGUCAGGGGACAGCUCAAGCAAAGGCCCUGGGCUGAGUGUACAUGGCCUCAAAUCAAAGCUGGGUGAGCACCGGGCCCAGGCGUCGCUGACUGGGCUGAGCCCCAGCCUCGCCCCUGGAGCUGGGGGCCUGGAGCUUCGGCUCCCUCCCCUGCACAUGGGCUCAUGCAGACGGCACUCCCAGGCUCUCGGUCCCAGGCGCUGGGCCCUAGGGGGUGGAGAGGACCCUGGCCCAGGGCUGGGCGAGGUGGCAGGGAGACAAGGCCUCCUCCCGCCCUCUGGGCAUGCAGUGGGGACCGGAGGCAGCCAGAGAGGGCAGCCCCUCUGCUCCUCGCUGGAGCCGGGGCAGAGGCUGGGGGUCAGACGACGCAGUCGGGAGGAAGAGGGCGAGCAGGAGGGGUGCAGGAGCAGGGAGGUGCUGCCCGCCUGCCAGCUCUCGGCCCCCAUCAGGGCUCACGGGGCAGCUCCCAGCACCCCCCACCCACACCCAAGCUUACCCUCCCCCAGGGUGGGGCUGCGACCCCUCGGUCCCCCACUUGUCCAGCCCCUGCUGCGGAUCCCGCCAGACUCCCCGCCUCACAGGGCACACGGAGCACGGCCGCCUGCCGCACCCACUGAGGGCCCCGGACGUCUUCCGAGGGCUUCACAGGGACCAGGGCUGGGAGCCUGUGUCAUCCGAGACCCCCGAGGGCAGGCGGGGGUCUAG